UAUUGGUUGGUUGAAUCUUUGACUUUAACCUUCUCAUGAAGUUGCACUCAUGGUAAUAAUUCCAUGCCAUCUUCUUAUCUUUUUAGGACAUUAUAUCCCAAGUUUGGUAAGUCCUAGUGGGACUCACCACUCCCUUUUAAUUCCCCGUAGUAUUAAUAUUCCAAAGGAAUAUUUAUCAGUAUUACACUCUGACAUGGCAAGUUUCAUUGAGACAUGCCAUGUCACUCUUUUCUAUUAAUAUACCAUCUUAACAAUUCCACGUCACAUUCUCAUAUUCUUGAAUUAUUAGAACACUAAACCAAUAUGGUAAGCUUGUUAAAACUCGCCACUUGUCUUCUUUCCAUUGGGCAAAAUUAUGGAACAAACAAUUUGAAGAAAAAAAAAAUACAUGGAUAUGUCUGAAGAAAGUUGCUAAAUCACCCAAGAGUCACUUUGGAGCCAGUCUCUACCUGACUUUAAAUUUAUUAGAACUUAACACGCAUGUUUGGGAGGAUGUGUAAGCAUCAGUAAAUUAAACUUUAAAUCUGUAAAUGAAUAUGUUGGGAGAGUACUUUCAUUUUCCCAAAGGUUUUUAGUAUGCCAAAUGAAUCGUUAUUGUUCCCAAAGUUAUUGGUGAGUAGUCCGAAUUGAUCUAUCUGUAUAUAUAAACAUGGAGCUAGUCCUUAAUUCCUUAGCAGAAGAAAUAUCUAACAGAGUUGACAAAGUUGGUAAGUGAAUUUUUUAUUUUCUUCUUCCCUUUACAAGAUCUUAUAUACAAUGAUUUAUGGUCGUGUUAAUAUUUGUUUGUCUUGAAUCUGCAGUAGAAGUUAAAAGAACAUUGCGUGAUGUCCAGCCAUCGCAUUACAUUUUCAAGAUAGAGUCUUUCUCUUUGCUUUUGGAAACAAAAACGGAAAAUUAUGAAUCAGAUGUUUUUGAAGCUGGUGGCUAUAAAUGGACUUUGUCUUUCUAUCCAAAUGGGAAUAGGAAAAGAAAUAAGAAAGAUCACAUUGCACUAUACCUUGCAAUAUCGGAUACAGAUAAUCUUCCUUGUGAUUGGGAGGUCCAUGUGAACUUUAAACUAUUUGUCUAUGAUCAUAUACGUGACAAAUACUUAACUGUUGAAGAUACUGAACCAGCAAGGCGGUUCCACGUGAUGAAGACGGAAUGGGGUUUUGAAAAAUUUCUAUCUUUGGAAACAUUCCAAAAUCCAUCAAAUGGGUACCUCAUAGAUGACAAUUGUGUAUUUGGAGCAGAAGUUUUUGUUAUGAAAUUUGCAGGCAAAGGUGAGUGUCUGUCCAUGACAAAGGAACUAAGUGACAAUAUUUACACUUGGAAGGUUGAUAAUUUUUCAGCAUCAAGCCAAGAAUAUUUUUCUGAUGAGUUUAACAUUGGAGGACGGAACUGGAAGCUCUCUCUCUAUCCCAAAGGAGAUGUGAAGGUGAAAGAUGAAAAAAGCCUAUCUCUUUUUCUUGAAGUAGCUGAUUAUGAAAAACUGUCUCUUAAACCCAAACUGUAUGCAAAAUACAAACUGAGGAUAAAGGACCAAGUCAAUGGUAAACACUUCGAAGAAGAACUUAGUGUCUGGUUUGGUGCCAUGAGAAGGAGCUGGGGACGCCCAAGCUUCAUGCCUUUAAGUGAUCUCUAUGUCAAAUCAAAGGGCUUCAUGGUGAAUGAUACUACAAUUAUUGAAGCGGAAAUUGCAAUUUUGUCUGUGACCAAGAACUUCCCUUAAAAAGUGUUCACUCAUGUCUUCAAAGAAAAAGAAAUAAGAUAAUUGGAGUUGGGUGAAGGAAUUCCUCAAGUGUUAAGUUUUCUUGUAGUACUGAUCAUUAUAAUCACAUCUCAUCAUGUUUGAUUUUUGUACUAUUGGUACAACAUGUAGAAUUCCAAAAAUGGUGUAUACUGAUCCAACUUGUGUAACUCCUCCAAUUGUAAAUCUGAUAAAUGAUACAGAACUCAACGUCGAUCCUUUUGUCAUGGAGGAUAUUGCUAGAAAGUAGAAAAUCACUGAUCUGGAGCAAGACCAACACUUGAAGAUUAUUGCCUGCGUGAAAGGGUGAGCAUAAGCAAAGUGAGUGUCUUUGUAGAUCAAAACCCGAGCUUUUCAAAAUGACGAAGAAUCGAAGCUUUUCACUCUCUCCAACAACUGUAUUUUCCUUCUUCUAUCUCUUGAAUCGGCAAGAAAAAACUAAGAGCAGAAUUAGAGAGAACAAAGGGGAGAACUUUGGGCUGAGAAUUUAGAUGGGACAAGAGAGUAGAGAAAGAGAAGAAAGAAGGGGAGCAAGAGGAAUAGAGCACAAACUAGAGAAUUUAUUUUCCCCCUUGCAACUUUGAGUGCUUUUGUUUUCAGGAAUGAUCUAUGAUUUGAUUUAGAAUUGGAAGAUAAAUUAUUUUGUUUUUAUAAUCAGUGAAAUUUUAUAGUUCA